AUGUCCCCGGAGGUGCUGCGUCUGAUAUCCGAUCGCUACGCCAGUUUGGCUAUUGCUGCCGAACGAAAGACGCCCGUCUUCAAACGGGAGUCCGACAUCGACUCUACUCCUGAGUCAGACACCGGAUCGGACGCGACUGGUGAGAUGUCGAGAAGGUCGAAUACUGAAGUCGACCCGCCUGGUGGGAUCUCUGGGAACGAGAGCGAUCACGCCUACCCCCUGGAAGCGGCCGAGUGGUCUGAGGAUGUCGGCGAACCAUCCCCACCGGUCGCCGGCCCAUCGCAGGAGAAGGGCAAAGGACCCGACCCGGGCAACUGGGGGGAGAUCGGAUUAUCCGACGCUGAGCUGGAGGAGCAAAAAGCGGCUCUCCAGACGUUUGAAGUGGCCAAAAGAGGGCAGAGCAGUCGGACACCCGACCGGAACGACGCCGGUGCUAUAAGUAUGGCGGGGCAUCGCCCGCCCGAUGGCGCUCUCCUACUGGCCGACCGCGACGUGUUCCUGAGGGAAUUCGCCCGAAUGAGGGAUAGAAUCGCUGAGCUUGAGGACCGGGAUCGGAACAGAGGAACCUCGUCCCUGUCUGAGGCUCGGGAGCUGAAACCACGGAAAACUGAGCCGAUGACCUCACCCGGUAAAAGGAAGACCUUGUCGCCGAAGCCGAGCGUAGAAAAGGGGCGUUCGAAGUCGACAAAGGGAUCCGCUGGGUUUGUAACUAGUGUCCUGCGGGGGGUUAGUCUCCAACCCUCGGAUGAUGGUGAUUCCAGUUCGAGCUCCUCGGAUAGUGACUCCGAUUCAGAUGGGGGCGGUCCGCCUAGCGAUUCGUCCAGCGACUCGGGCUCGGAUACCGAUAGUUCGAGCUCAGGCUCGAAGUCUAGCACGGACCGCUCGAGUUCAACCUCGGGGUCGUCUGCCGGAAGGGGCAGGGCCAGGGGACACAAGGGGAAAUCCCGGAAGUCCAAGGCCCGGUCGAAGGGAAGGAUGUUGGUUAAGCCAAACGCCCCGGCACGUUAUGACGGAUCGGAGAACGCGGAUCUGUAUACACAGUUUGUCGAUGAGUCCAAUAGAUACUGCGAAUUAGGAAACGUACCUAGGGCUCACCGAGUAGCGAUAAUCGGGUCGUUCCUGGAUGGAGAUGCGAAGGAUUUCUAUAAUCGAAGAGUUCGCGGUCACGAACACAAAUGGACGCUGAAGAAAAUGCUGCGCCGGCUGCUGAAGUACUGCUUCUCACUGGAUUACCGCCAGAAGCAGCGUAAACGGUUGGCCCGCUGCUAUCAGAACGGAAAGUCAGUGAACAAGCAUGUUCUCGAGCUCGAGAGCAUCCUCCUGCAGAUUGGACUUAAGAAAGAUCGCGAGCGGGUAGCGCUGCUCUGGAACAGCUUCGACGCGGACAUUCAGGAAGAGCUUUUCAGAUUCGGCCUGGACCCGGAGAAGUCGAAAUGGACCCACGUUGUUAAAAAGGCGGUGAGGGCCGAACGAUUCCUGAGCCUCGACAAGCGGCGUAAACCGAAAGGUGGAACAAAUAGCGCUGCUGGAACCAGUGCAGCCGCCUCGGGCAACGAUUCUCGAGAGGGCAAGAAGAAAAGGUUCUUCUCACGCAGACAGAAUGGAGUCAUAAAAGCAUCCGCCGCCGCGGUAAUCCCGCCGCGUGGGAAUGCCACCAGGCCUGCCUCACGACCCACUACCUGCCCUGGAUCCACGACGGCCCAUCCCAGAGCCCACGAGAACCAAGUGGACCGACCGUGGGAGCGACGACUUUCUCCUCAGAAGCGCGCCGAGCUCAUGGCCCGAGGGGUAUGCCUAAAUUGCGAAGAGGCCGGUCAUAUGGCGCGUAGUUGCCCAAAGCUCACUACCAUGAGGUCCAAAGUGAAAGGGAAACCUCCAGGGUUUGGGGCGCACGGAGUGAGCCUUCGUUUAGCUUCGCUGGGCGAGACUACUGAAGUCCUUGACACGCUGGAAGUCUCGAGCGCUUUCCCAGUGGGAUUCAGGGAGGACAGAGCGACAUUGGAGCGAUGGUCGUGGCUCGACGGGUCAGAAGAGGAUGCGGAGAGCUGGGACGACUCGGAGGACCUGGAUGAUGAUGAGCUGAAUUACACUGCGUGGGGGCUGGUCGAGAAUCCGGACGUGGAGGAACUGGCCGAUGGAAUCCGGUCCAUGACGCUGGACCCGUAUCCCGCGGACUGCACCAGCCCACGCCGGCCUGAGCUUGGGUUAAUCGACCGGGCCGUUGAGUUGACUGAAAGCACGGGGUUGGGAUCGACAGGCGUUGGGGACCUGGCUGCCCGGUUCGCUAGCCUGGUUCUUCAGCGAUGCGCCCCGUUCCCGGGCGACGACGGCUCCGAGCCCACGGAGGGACGUUUCCUGGUCUACCGCGUCCUGGGCGGGGACUACUACUGCAUCUUAGAUUGCGGCACACCGUUGGAUAUUCUCGAGGGCGAUGAGCUGGUGAGAUCAGCCGACUUGCAAGAUCCCAACUUCGAACUGGGCUGGCAUUGGGCUCAGAAAUGCUAUUUAGCACAGGGGGGCUCACUGAAAGUGCCGCGGAGUGCCGCAGGAGCACUCCUGCGGUACUCCUGCGGCACUCCAAAUACUCCACAUGAUUGA